AGUCAAAAUGCCGCUAAAACGGUCAUGAGUAAAGCCGUUCGCAAAUAUAAAGCAGGUCUUCAUAAGUGCUAACAGUCACGAUAAGCUUUUAAAAAAAAAAAUCCUUCGGGUUUGAUGUCCGUGGCGUUAUAAAGCCAUAACCGAGAUAUAAACAGUGAAGAAGUUCGUUAUUGGCAGUUGUAAUGAUGGCAGGUAGUGACGUCAGCGGUCAGUCGCGAGCUUGAUAAUGGAUUAUAUCUGACAUCAUGGAGGUUUUAUGAGAAUAAGGGAAACAUGAGGUAAUUGUGGACUGGGAAUUGUUUAGUGAGUAGGAGCUACACUCAGAAUCAGAACCAGAAUCAGGUUUAUUGCCAAGUCCGUUGUCAUAUACAAGGAAUGUGCUAUGAUGGUUGGUGCUUGAACAGGACGUUUUGAGUUCGCAGUGGAAUGAAUGUCGAUGCUGCAGGUGACAGAUAGAGAGGAUGAGGAGGAGAGAGGAAGAGAUGAAGAAGAGCAGUGUGAACACAGCAGAGACAGUGACACUCUUCAAUCCACACAGCUAGGGUUAAACUUGAGGCAAUGUGGUAGCACCCAAGAGAUGAGUCCUUCUCCUUCUGGCUUACUGUCUCUGCCAUGGGAGAUGGUUGCACGCAUAGCCUCUCACCUUCCUGCUCGGUGUGUCCUCAACGUCCUGCCUCAGGUGUGCAAGGCGUUGGGACAGGUGGGUGAGGACACAUCAGCCUGGCAGCUCCGGGCUCAACGACUUACAGGCCAUCAAAGUUCCUUCCCAGUUGGGCCAAGGAAUAAUUUUAAUUGGCCCACAGCGUGCCUUGAGAUGGAACAGUUAAUUGAAUGCUGGGCAAAGCAAGAAGAAAAUGCAGAACCAGAGCGAGGGAUUGAGAUACAAGAUCAGGAUGGAGAGGCACAUGAAGUGGAUGCAGAGAGACAGCUUGGCCCUGCUUUUGAGGAAAUCGGGCCAGAAGAUGAAGAGGGCCCUGAAAGACAUAGAGAAGCAGAAGAACAGGAAAAUAAUGUAAUAAUCAUCAGAGAAGAGGGAAGAGUGAAUGCUGCCAUUCAGGACGAACACAAUCAAGAACGACUCCAAGGUGGACACCUGGAGCAAGAAGACACUGGGAUAAAUAUAGAGACUCACCCCACACCUGCCCUGGAGCACAUCACACUCUCUUCAGGUCACAUUGCUGAUGUUAACACAGUCCUGCUAGUUGGAGGUGAGGGCUCUGUGUGUGUCUCUGGCUCCAGAGACCGUAAUGUGAACCUGUGGGAUUUGAGAAGGAGCUCAGGCGGAGCACUGCUGGGCACACUGGGAGCUCAUGGCCGCUACAACAGCACACACCAAGGCUGGGUGUGGUGCCUGGCAGGCAGUGGUGAUCUCCUGGCCUCUGGCUCUUUCGACAGCACAGUGAAGCUCUGGGAUCUGAAUGCCGGAGGGGCAGAGCGGGGAAAGAUCCAGAGUCGUGCGGCCGUGCUCUCUCUCUCCUGCCAGGAUCACAUGCUGUUUGCUGGGUCACAUGAUCAGAAAGUCAGCAUUUAUGACACCAGAGCUGCAGAACCACUGGUCAAAAGCCUUCGUCUCCAUAGUGACAUCGUGCUGUGUCUGGCAUCUGAUGAGCAGUACAUUGUGUCUGGCAGCAAAGACAACACGGUGGCUGUGUAUGACCGCAGAGCUGGAAAACCACUGAAGAAAAUACAUCUGAAAACCUACUUGUUGUCCAUGUCGUACAGUGGGCGAGAGGUGUGGGCUGGAGAUUACCAUGGACUCCUUCACACCUUCUCCAUGAAUGAAGGCUCCUUUAAGUCAAUAGCCCAGUUUAAUGUAGGCCACAGUUCACUGGUGACUGGUAUCCAUCACUCGCCUGGGACUCUUUACACCUGCUCCUCUGAUCGCACUAUUAAGGUUCACCUUCCAUGUGCGCCCCCAAAGACUCUGUGCAUGCUUCGCAAUAAAUCAGUAGUGAAUGGGCUGAGUGUUGAAGCAGGGGUGCUGGCUGUAGCCUCUGGUGAUAUGAAUGUGGAAGUGUGGCGGCCCAGCCAGUGAUGCUCAUAGCAGAGACAGUGCCUGGAGACAGUGUCCGGUGUCAUGCUGUGAUCACAUGAUCAUCCAAAGGCACUCUGCAGUUUACCUUUACAUGUGCGUGCUAACAAAACAUAUGUGUUUAUAAUUCUUAUGUGAGGCGUAAAACUUGUUAGAGGAAAAUAACCAAUGAUGGGGUUACGUGAUGUCUCCAUUAACAUCCUGACAUUGAUUAUUUUCUAAUAACAGCACAUCCUGAAAUGUUUUAUUCAUCUUCUACCACAGCAGUUUGCCAAUGCUAAGAUUUUUUUUUAUUAAAGAAUGACACGUUGUAUGUUUUAUCCAUUUAUAGUUACAUUUAAUGUUGUAGAAUGUCCAAGAAACAGGUUCCUGUUAUCACUUAUCUCAAAGCAGCUAUGAACAGUGGCAGAAAAUUUCAGCUUUACCUCUGAUGGUUUCAAAGAACUGACACUGGGGAUUCCUUUAAUAACUGCUAAAUAUCUCCUUACCUAAUAACUUAUCAACAAUUAUGCUUUUUCUUUGUUAAAGGACCCAUGGCAUGGUGGUUUGUUGAUGCUUUAAAUGGGCUCGUGGAGGUUUCCGGAUGUUAUAGCCGCAGCCUUUCUCGAAAUGAACCCUCGGCACGUAGAUAUAGCCUCCUGGGAGAAAGCCCCAUUUCAGCCCUUUUCCCAGUGCGUCGUUUUGCUAAUGAGAAGCAUGGAGGCGGGGAAAGGUAGAGGGUGGGGGCGGGCCAUGGGUGGAGGGGCUUGACCAAGCUGUGCACACACAUACUCGCUGCUAUCAGCGCCUGUAGCCACGCUGCUAAGACAAAACCCUGUUCUCCCUCGGACUCCUUUCGUAAACUCAACGUGACACAGAGAACAGAGAGUGAGAGUGUUCAGAGUGGUAGUUUACAAACGUAUAAUACCCUAGGCUUGAACAUGCAUUCUAUAACCAAAGAGGAUAGAAGCAGCAACUACAGCAACAUAUCACUUAUCCAACAGAAGACAUGCAUUGCGGAGCAAUAGUCAAACAUAAGCUCAUAAGUUACAGUCAAUUUCCAGACUAAACUCAGUUUAACAGAGCAUGCUGCAUGCUUUUUGGUUUUGUAGCGCAGAGUACCUGGCUAACUGCAGGAAGCGGUUAGCUGCACAGCUAAUGUAGCCAUUGCAAGGCUAACGCACCGAUUUUAAAACACGGCAAAACGACUUAACAGUUAUACACUUACUUGUUCGGUGUUUGUGGCUGAUGCGGCAGGGAUGCUUGGUACGGACCCAGGCUUCAGUGACAGUUGAUGUGCAAAACCUGCCCUGUACUGUCCCAAGUUGUGGAAACAUUCAUCAGGAAAAUGCUUCCGACAAACAUACACUGUCUUAGGUAGACUCGACGGCGUAUUAUUGGAGUAAAUAAAAUUAAGCCACUGCUUCUUCAGGGGCUCUCCCGUCAGCAGUAAAAACAGACUCCUUUCUGUGUUGUCACAUCCAUGUACAGCGCAAUUUCCAUGUUUCGCUCGCUUAGGUGGUGCCAUGUUGUUGUGUCCUCUAUGGUCUCCUCACUACAAAAUUGAAGUGACGUAUCUAUGGUGGCAACUUUUGAGCUGGGCGGGCAAUCCAUACAGUGGGUGGGAAUCCAGAGGGGGGGCGUGGGGAUCAUCUCCCUUGCUGACGUAGUAAAGGGAAGAGCCUAUCAAUGCGCCAUUUUGAUGCGCCAUUCUCAACUGUUGACAAAGGGUGGGCAUAGUUUGGUUUACACAUUAUGACGUUUCUAGCCACUGGGGUGACUUAAGAAGGUCAGAGGAACUCAUUUUAACGUUAAAGUGAAAAUUUCAUGCCAUGGGACCUUUAAAUAAUAAGUCUGAAAAUGAACAGAUUGUUCCACUUGUUUGUUAAUAGACUUGCACACUGUGGUGCAUCCCUCAUACAAGUCCGUUACACACACAAGUUACAGAAACAAGACCGAAUUAGACUGAGUACCCUAAUAUAAACCUGUGAUUUGAAAUGCAGCCUGCACUAUUGCUAGAGCUGCUGUUUAUUGAAAAUAAAUUAACACUUUCUAGCAAAUCAGAUUUUAAGAUUCAGAUAAUUAAGAUUAUUGUUGUUCUCAAACUUGUGCGUACACUACAAGGCCAAAGGACUGGAUGCAUCACUAAAGUGUCAGAUGUUGGACAAAAUGUAUGAUUCUUUAUACAUAAAAUUUAGGGUGGUCCUUAUUUUGUGAUUGAUUAUAUUUAAUUAUCCUCUCUCACCCCAUCAAUAUGUUCCAGAAAAUUAAAUAAAAUAUUGUGUAAAAUUUUAAGGGAAUAUAUAAACAUUUAAAGGUUGCUCAGUGACCUUGAAAUUUAAAAUGAUAGAUCGAUAGUCAUUUGCAAUGCAUUCUUUUAAUGGCAGUAUUGACACUGUUUUGACUGAAAUUAAAAAAAAAAAAAACAUUAAAUGACUCCAUGACAACCACUGUCUGUCUGUCGGUGAAAUAGAGCAAUACUAAAGAAUUAGAAAAGAUCUGAUCUCAGUUGCACAGACAGUACUGUUAGAUGUCACUGAUUAACCUAUGACUGCACAAUGGCUGACUUGGAGAUUGGAACUAGAAGUAAAUCUUCUGUGUGGUUACUCGGCAAUGUGGAAAGUGAAAUAACUGGAAGCAAAGUGCCUUCAAAGAAGCAAGUUCUAAGUGUGUUCUUUCACCAUCACAAGAUCUUAAAGAAGACCAUCUGGGCAAGUGCAGCAGCUACCAUUGAACAAGCUUCUUUUAGGCUUAUCCAGAAACGUGGGACAACUGAGACAACUACUAGGCAGCAUUUGCAACUGUGCAAAAUCUGAAGGUUAUUAAUGACAACAGAACUAGGGGUGGCUCUGAUCGAAGAAUACAAUGCACUUACCACCAUCCAUCUAUUAUCUGUAGCCGCUUAUCCUGUUCUACAGGGUCGCAGGCAAGCUGGAGCCUAUCCCAGCUGACUAUGGGCAAGAGGCGGGGUACACCCGGGACAAGUCGCCAGGUUAUCAUAGGGCUGACACAGAGACAAAACCAUUCACACCUACAGUCAAUUUAGAGCCACCAGUUAGCCUAACCUGCAUGUCUUUGGAUUGGGGGGGAAACCCACACAGACAUAGGGAGAACAUGCAAACUCUACACAGAAAAGCCCUCACCAGCCGCUGGGCUCGAACCCAGGACCUUCUUGCUGUGAGGCGACAGUGCUAACCACUACACCACCGUGCUGCCCUGAUUACCACCAUCUCAUCUCAUUAUCUCUAGCCGCUUUAUCCUGUUCUACAGGAUCGCAGGCAAGCUGGAGCCUAUCCCAGCUGACUACGGGCGAAAGGCGGGGUACACCCUGGACAAGUCGCCAGGUCAUCACAGGGCUGACACAUAGCCACAGACAACCAUUCACAUCUACGGUCAAUUUAGAGUCACCAGUUAACCUAACCUGCAUGUCUUUGGACUGUGGGGGAAACCGGAGCACCCGGAGGAAACCCACGCGGACACGGGGAGAACAUGCAAACUCUACACAGAAAGGCCCUUGCCGGCCACGGAGCUCGAACCCGGACCUUCUUGCUGUGAGGCAACAACGCUAACCACUACACCACCGUGCUGCCCUGAUUACCACCAAUGAAGAGCAAAAACAGUAUUUGCUUCAAGUUGUCCAAAACCACCGAGAAAAAUUCCCCAAUGUGAAUAAAGCGACACUGAUGCAGUGACUGAAAAUUCUAGAAAACCUGGACUUUUUUUUAUGUUGCCUUGCCACUCCAGAAAACUCAAUGACUUGUACAUUAUUCAAAAUGUUUUGUUGUGUACCAUAAUUUUUUUCAAGUAUAAUAAAUAAACGUUACUUAUGACAAACAUUUGUUCUUUACACCUGCAUUGCAAACAGGGUGAUGUAUCGAUAAUUUAACAUGCUGUUGUCCAAUAUUUCAGAAGGCUUGAGCAACCUCUAAUAAUUAUUCAAAAUGUUCCAAAUUUAGGCAAAUUAGUUUUCUUUCAUAAUCAAACAAAUCUAAAGGGUGAGAGUUUCAGAAUUAAUAGUAUGAAAAUUUACCCCCAUAUAAGGCCCACCUUAAUGUAUGUAUGUAUAUAUGUGUGUGUAUUUAUUUUUAAUUCUGUUUUCAUUCACUAUAUGGUCAAAACCAUCAUACCCAUAUGUGCUUGUUAACCAUCCCAUUCCAGAUUUAGUCCCCCUUUACUGUUAUAAUAACUUCCACUCUUCUGGGAAAGCUUUCCACUAGAUUUUGGAGCAUGGCUGUGGUGAUUUGUGCUCAUUUAGCUACAAGAGCAUUAGUGAGGUCAGGUUGGUUGAGGAGGCCUGGGGUGCAGUUGGCGUUCGAGUUCAUCCCAAAGGUUUCAGUAGGGUUGAGGUCAGGGGUCUGUGCAGGACACUUGAAUUCUUCCACUAUCCACAAUCUUGGCAAACCAGGACUAUGCUUUGUGCACAGGGGCAUUGUCAUGCUGGAACAGGUUUGGGCCCCUUAGUUCCAGUGAAGGGGAAAUUGUAAUGCUAGGGCAUAUAAAGACAUUCUAAUCUAGACCAUUGUGUGCUUCCAACUUUGUAGGAACAGUUUGGGGAAGAACUACGUAUGGGUGUGAUGGUCAGGUGAUGUUUCCUACAGGGUAAAGAAUACCGAUAUAAUGCAUUUGCUGGGUAUGCUGCAGAGCACAGUCCCGUGUCUGAUAUGUGCUCUGCAGCAUAACCAACAAAUGCAUUACGUGUAUUCUGUCCCCUGUAGGAAACAUCAUUUAGGAAGUAAUGGUCAGCAGUGCCUUGUGCAGUUUCAUCAGGAACACACUGGAUAUUUUCCUCCAUGUUUAGACAUGGCUACAAGAUAGAAACACCCCACCCAAAAAAAAGGGGGUACUAAGUAGUAAAUGAAGUGCAGUUUCUGACAGAGCAUUAGACUUAUAGUAACCCUAAUUUUAUACAUGUCUGAUUCUUACAUUGAUGAUACAUAUUCCUAAAGGCUUGACUGACUGAAUGUGUUGAAUUAGAAGUCUAUAAAUAAUUACACUCAGGUCAUUGUAUAGGCCUGUUAUUGGCAUAAACACAGCAUCUAGAUAGAACACAUCACUGCAAAUAUAAUGGAAUAUUCUGGAAAAAUGCAUUUGGUUAAACUAGAUGUCGAUAAACAUGAUGUGUUCACUACUAGCGUAGAACUGUAAAAAAUUAUUGAAAAUGACUUCCAUGUGUUUGGCCUGUAAAAUAGAAGUGGACUGAAAUGAAUCCUACAUAAUACAGGGAUGUUUGUUUAAAAGGGGUAUUUAAAGCUGACACACAUGGCACCUAUGAAGCGUUUCUAAAAAGAAAAAAAAGUGCUCGUGGGGGUUCCUUCAUGGGAAUUCCAGCUUCAUAUCUGUAUCUGUCAUCUCAAUAUUUAUUCCAGACGAUUUCACAAAGCUUUAUCUGGCACUUCAAUACAUUUGUGCCCAAAUAUUUCAUUGUGCUGUGGCAGUUUACUUGAUACACACCUUGACAAACAUUGCUAUUCAUCUUGCAUUUAGACUUUUCGCAUUCUCUGUCCGUUAAUUAUUACCCAUUAAUGAUUCAAAUAUUAAUCAUGAAAACAAAGUACCUUUUUUCCUUUCAGAGUAAAUCUCAAAUCAGCAGGUAUUCCUUAUUCUCUUACUCACGUAUACACGUUCUUGUGCAAAGUUCCAUUUUCUUAAUUUCCUGUUUGUCAUUUUGAAUCUUGCACUGUGUUGUUGUUGUUGUUGUUGUUUUAAAUGACUGAAUAAAAGA